CUCCAACAGCACCAGUCAUAAUCAAGGUUAGUUUAUAUGGCACAUUGUGCGUGGUGCCUGAGAUCUAUGUAGGGUGCACUGGUCGUGACUUUCACCUUUAUUAGGACAGCCGUUUUGCAGCAUUGUCCUCAAAGCCACGAUGGAUCAAGCCAGGACAACAAUAUCAAAAAUUUUCAAUGGUGAGCCGCGGUCAUAUACGCGCUUUAACCUGACCCAGAACAUGGAGGGUGACAACAGCCAGGUGGAGAUGAAGCUUUCUGCAGACACGGAUGAAGAGGCAGAGGUCAAUGGAGUUGGAGAAAAAAUGAAUCCACAUAGUCCGCCAUAUUACCCCAGCAAGCUAAGCCAACGCUCCCCGAGAAACAUCUGCUUCAUUGCCGUUGGCAUUCUGUUCCUCUUCAUUACUGGAUACCUCAUUGGUUACGUGUCUCAUGGAAACAAAGUCAACCCGAAGCCGGUUAAUUGUCCGUUACCUGAGGAAAGUGUCGCAAUAAUAGCAGAUGCGCCUGUUUCCAUGGACUGGAGUGAUGUAAGAGUACUGUUGAAGAAAAAACUAACUGAAUCCAACAUUAAAAGCACCCUCAGGGAAUUUUCUAGUGCAAACCACCAGGCGGGAUCGUCAGGAGAUGAGUCACUGGCCAAUAACAUCAUGGGAAAAUUCAAAUCUUUUGGAAUGAACCCCUGGACGGACGAGCACUUUGUUAAGAUAGAUUUACCCGGUGCCUCAAAUAACAGAGUGCUGUUCCGUGGUAAUAAUAUUGGAUCGACUGAAGGCUAUUUGGCGUACAGUGCGGCUAAAACGGUGAUGGGUCCUGCUUGCUAUGCCCAUUAUGGAAGAGUCGAAGACUUCAGGCGCCUCCAAGACUCGAUUAUUGAUGUGAAUGGAAAGGUUGUCUUGGUCAGAGCCGGACUAAUAAGUUUUGCUGAAAAGGUUGCUAAUGCUGAGAGGUUAAACGCUAGUGCUGUGCUGAUCUACCCAGAUCCUGCUAACUACCAAAUUAAAGAUGACACUGCUCUUUUUGGCCAUGUUCAUCUUGGAACUGGUGAUCCUUACACUCCUGGAUUCCCUUCCUUCAAUCACACCCAGUUUCCUCCAGCUCGCUCUUCUGGUCUGCCUGGUAUUUCAGCACAGACUAUCACCAAAAGACAGGCUACUGAGAUCAUGAGUCAGUUGGGUGGUAAAAAUGUGCGCGAAUGGACAGAUGGAGUCCUUCCGGGUGUCCUCUAUAAUCUUGGUGAAGAUAAGGAUGUUAUCACAGUAGAAGUGAACAAUGUCCUCACUGAGAAAAAAAUCCACAAUGUGUUUGGAGUCAUUAAAGGUUUUGUGGAUGCAGAUCGCUAUGUUGUGAUUGGAGCCCAGAGAGAUGCCUGGGGUACCGGAUAUGCCAAAUCCACAGUUGGGACUAGUUUGCUGGUUGAAUUGGCCAGAACGAUCACUGACAUGAUCAAGAAUGAUGGAUUUAGGCCAAAGAGGAGCAUAGUGUUUGCCAGCUGGAGUGCUGGUGAGUUUGGCAGUGUUGGCGCCACCGAGUGGUUGGAGGGCUACUUGACUUCCUUGAAUAUGAAAGUGUUUGCUUAUAUCAGUCUUGAUGAAGUUAUUUCAGGUAGUGACUCUUUCAAAGCGGCUGCAAGUCCACUCCUGUAUGAUUUAAUUGAGGGUACUAUGAAACAGGUCUCUUAUCCACUUGUUCCAACAAAAUCCCUGCAUGAACAAUUUGUUUCAUCCAACUGGGAAACCUCUGUAAUGGAGCCCAUGGGUUUGUCACACUCCGUCUAUCCAUUCCAAACCUUCUCUGGCAUCCCGUCAUUCUCGUUUCGAUUUACUUCGACUUCAAAGCUGUACCCAUUUGGCACUGUUGAGGAUACUUAUGAGAAUUUGGAGAGGUACACUUCUGGCAAUUCUCUCAAACUGGCCAAAGCAGCGGGCGAGGUGGCCGGGCUUGUUACUGUUCGGCUGGUACACGACCACUUGGUAAAACUGAAUGUGGCAAAGUAUACCAGUCUCAUCCGCAAAAACGUAUUGGAGAUUAACUCUAAAGUUCAGACACUUCAGACGUCUGGGCGCCUACCGAAAACUUUGACAAUGCAGUGGCUUUUUUCAGCUCAGGGCUCAUAUGAUCGUGCUGCCAAUGCCCUUGUUAACGUCAUCCGCAACAGUGAUCUUGAUGACAUGGAGCAGAGUCGCAUUAUCAACAACCGCAUUAUGAGGGUGGAAGGAAAUUUCCUCUCUCCAUUUGUGUCUCCGCGGGAGAGUCUUUUCCGGCACAUUCUUCUAGGUUCUGGGGAGCACACCCUCGGAGCUCUGUUGGAUCACCUGACUGCUAUUAAAGAAGGAGCUGAAUCUGCCAACGUUGACCAAUUCAGGAACCAGUUUGCUUUAGCCACCUGGACAAUCCAAGGCUGUGCCAAUGCACUUGCAGGAGAAAUUUGGGAUUUGGAUAAUCAGAUUUAAGCAAACAGAUCUCCCAAUUUUUUUUAUUUUUUGUGAUACUUUGAACCCUCACCCUAUACAAAAGAAAGGACAAUUAAAGUGAAAAUAAAUUGUA